AUGAGGUGGUUAUUUUCUUGCACCUUAGCUUUUGUGUGGGCCGUGGUGGUUCAGGCGAAGAGUUUUACGGGCAAUCGAUUGCUGGUAGUGCUCGAGGAGCAGGCGGAGAGGGAGAAGUACAGUGUAUUUCUCGAGGACUUGACCUCUCGCGGAUUCUCCACAACCGUUGAAUCACCAAAGGCAGAUAAGCUCUCAUUACUGAGACACGGCGAGCGAGCAUACGACCAUGUCCUCCUUCUCCCCGCAAAGUCGAAAGGCCUCGGCCCUGCUUUGACCGCGAACAACCUCCUCGAAUUCAUGAAGAAGGAGGGGAACCUUCUCGUCGCGCUGUCCAGCGAGCAAGCUACGCCCACCGCCGUUCAAUCAUUGCUUUUGGAGCUUGACAUCAACAUCCCCGCCGACAAGGGUGCAUUGGUUGUAGAUCAUUUCAACUACGAUUCUUCGUCCGCUGAAGAGAAGCACGAUGUGCUACUACUUCCAUUCCCGGCUGCGCUGAGAUCGGACGUCAAGAACUACUUCGCGGGUGAGGGAUAUGUUGCAGUGCCGCGCGCUGUUGGUCAGGCUCUUGGAAACGAGUCGCCUCUCACUUCGCCCAUUCUACGCGCUCCUAGCACGGCAUACAGCUACAACCCCAAGGACGAGGCUGAGGGUGUUGAGGAUCCUUUCGCGGUCGGUGGGCAGCUCAACUUGGUCUCCGCAAUUCAGGCGAACAAUGCGGCACGUUUGACUGUUGUUGGGUCAGCCGAGAUGUUGCAGAACAAGUGGUUCUCCGAGAAGGUCAAGUUGAAUGGAAAGGCUAUCACGACCGCCAACCGCGACUUUGCGCAAAAGUUGUCUGCUUGGACUUUCAAGGAGACGGGCGUGUUGACAGUUGGAAAGCUGCUACACUACCAGGAUGAGGGUGCCAGCAAGAAGCUGAACACCAGCACCGCCAUCCCGGAAAACAACCCCACCAUCUACCGCAUCAAGACCGAUGUUCACUUCCAAGUUGAAAUCUCGGAAUACACGAACGAUCACCUUGCUCCUUUCGUCCCAUCACCCAAUGACAAAAUCCAACUCGAAUUCAGCAUGCUUUCCCCGUUCCAGCGCCUGAACCUUUCACCCGUCGCUCAGACCGCAAAUGCUACCAUCUUCGGCGUCGCGUUCAAGACACCCGAUCAGCACGGCAUUUUCAACUUCCGCGUCAAUUACCGACGACCUUUCGUGACUAACAUUGACGAAAAACGCCAAGUCACUGUCCGUCACUUUGCGCACGACGAAUGGCCGAGGAGUUGGCAGAUUAGCGGUGCGUGGGUAUGGAUUGGCGGUAUCUGGGUUACGGUGCUGGGUUGGCUAGCCUUUGUGGCCGUGUGGUUGUACAGUGCGCCGACUGAGCGCAGCACGAAGAAGACGCAAUAG